UAGCAGAACUGAGCUGGCCAGCAAAACUCAGCUCUCCCUUAUAGGAGCCGGCUCUUGUCGUUUGAUAGACAGAUUCGUUUCUUAGAUCCGACUCGUUCGUGAACGGCACAUCGCAGGCUUCUCCUUGUUGUCCGGAGCUUGAGUCGCGGAGCGGCGGAGAAAUGGACGAAAGAGACGACGAUCUGGGUUCAUUUGAUCCAAACAUACCAGAGGAGGGACCAUCGGCGCCACCUCCUGGCUGGCUGGAGGACAUACACGGAUACCAGGGCCACAAAGGAGGAAGUCCGGAGGAUGACAACCCGUUGUACCCACCUCCCCCUGCCUAUAACCCCCAGCCUGAACUCAACAGGAGCACUUCUGUACCCAGUGUCAGGGUCCCCUCUGUGUCGGAGGAUGUGGCCCGAGAAGCUCUGCUCAAGUUUGUGGAAUCAAAAUGGAAGUACAGCUCCAAGCCUGCCAGAAACCUGAGGUUCAAAGACCUGAAACCCGUCACAGUUUACAGGUAUCGACUGGAGACCUACACCGAGACCAGAGCCAGUGCCUGGCAGUUUGAGUCCUACAACGGUCAGCCGGUUGAUGGUCCUCAGUACGGUAUGAGUCCUCCACCGUGGGACAUCCCGGUGUCGCUGCCUCAGAUCUACACUGACAAGGUGGAAAAGAUCCGAGUGCCGCACUCGUCGUUUGUGAAGGUGUGUCACAAGUGUCACGGCUGUGGAAGAACUCGCUGUACUGGCUGCUUUGGCAGAGGUCAGAAACGUUGCACUUUCUGCAACGGUCACGGUCGGACCCGGAACAAACGCUGCACCUCCUGUCACGGCCGAGGACGGAAGAGGUGUUUGAGCUGCCGUGGCGAUGGCUACAAGACUUGCACGGUUUGUCACGGUGCUCAGAACCUGCUGCAUUUCAUCCAGCUCACAGUCACAUGGAAGAACAACAUCAGUGAUUUUAUUCCAGACCGCCAGCCGGACUUCCCUGACAAGAAAUUUGAGAAAGUUUCAGGAGAUCCUUUCUUCAUUGAUGAGAACGUGUUGGUUUAUCCGAUCCAGGGUUUCCCUGAUCAGGAGAUCUGUGACAUUUCAACUAAACUGAUUAAUGAACACCUUCAUCGCUUCACCUCUACCAGUCGCAUCCUGCAACAGCGUCAGACCAUCGAGCUGGUGCCUCUGACUCAUGCUUACUACGACUACAAUGGCAAAGACUACAGCUUCUUUGUGUAUGGGGUAGAGAACAAAGUGUUUACCUCCAAAUAUCCCACUGCCUGCACUAUUUUGUAAGCUACGAAUGGUCUGAAUGUGAACCACCUUUGUGGGUCAGAUCAGACGCCUCAUGUACCAACACUAUGUAAAUGUUCCGUACGCCAUGUUCCACACACACAUUGGGAUGUACAGAAAACAGCUAUGUGUGGAUGUGCACACCGCCACACAAAUGUUCGACCUGCCGUGAGAAUGUGUAUACCCCACGCAAACUCUUGUCAUUUGAAAGUGGCAGACUACAAAGUAUUGAAAUGCUCCUUUAUACACUGAAAUAUGUUCCAGUAACUUUCUGAAGUCAAAAUGGAAAAAAAUGUCAUGCAUUAAGCCCAAACCACAUUUAACCUCAUUUCCCCACAUACAAUACCACUUAAUAAAAUUCCACAACCUAAAUGUGUAAAGUAAACUGAGGAGUUUUCUCUGUUUGUCACAUGACGACAUUAACACAUCAGUGACCGCACACACAUUUACACAUAUGACAUGAAAUAAUCUUAUUGUCGCUGAGAAGGCAGCACAGUGUCAGAUGACCAUAUUAAUUAAGAACAAAACAAUUGAUAUAAGUUCCUAAAUGUAUGAUUUGUCUGACUCCGUCGUUUCAUCUUAACUCCCUCAUCAUAUUCCCAACGUGUCUCUGGGAUUCCAGCUCAGUGUUGGUCAGUACGCGGUCACACUGGUGUCCUCGGCAGCUGAGGUCUGAGGUGUUUCAGAUCUUUUCACCUCCAGCUGUGCAGCUGCAGCAGAGAUGCUGGCCUCAUCCGUGUCCAUUUCCUGACCCAGAGCUGUGGAUGGUGUGUCAGUGACGCUGCGCUCAGUUUCCAGUUUUUCUUAAAUGUGUUUGCAGGAAGUCAGAAAGUUUGUCUGAUGAUGGAAGCGCUAUCAUCUCUGAACCUCGUCCUGAAGGUGCAACUCUCCACUGAUGUGCAGCAUUCUUUCUUUUUACAUUAACUUUGAUGUUGGAUCAUUUUCAUUCUUAUUUCAGCUGUGAUGGUAUCACUUAAAAAUGAUCAGUAAUCAAAUCAAACAUGCAAAACUAUUGUAUUUCAGUAAAUCUGAGCACAUUUAAAUUUUAUUAGGCUAUGGAACACAGGCAAAGCGUGCUGGGAGGCUCCGCCCACCUAUCUAACACACUACAAGUGUGUAUCGGUUGUUUUAGCUUUCCUUCACCUCUGAUUCAACCACAUCAGUUUCAUAUUCUCUUAAAUUAUUCUUCUUUUUUGAUGUUUCUGGUGUGUUGUUAUUUGGGAUAAAGGUGAAAGGGUGCCAUUUAUUUAUUUUCAUUUGCUUAUUUAUUAAUGGAAGGAGUUGAGGCGGUCCUGGAGCUGUGCUCAAUUCCAGGUCAGUUGGGAUGUAUAAAGGAAAGAUACAAUUCAUACAGAUUCAUACAUCUGAAAAUGUUUUGUCAUGCGCCGUCCUUGAAUAAAAGUGAUGCAAUCCUUCGUACGUGAGGGCCCUGGUCUGCGAGAAGGUUUAUGUUGGAGACAAGUUGGAAAUGAUUUAUAUUCGACUGACGUUACUACCUUAAUACUAAAUUAUUAGUCUCCAUAUACACACAAGUGCCAACCUACAGACCCAGCAGGCAUCUCAUUAUGUUGAUAAUUAUUGCUCAUUAGAAAUGAAGGAACUAAAGUUUGCAGCAGGCUGUCAGCGUCACAUCCGUCAAGUUAAUCCGUCCCCACUUCUUCCCUUCUGCACACUUCCUCAGACAUGAUGUUAGCAGCACUAACGGGAGCAUAAAGCUUUACUCAAACCGUUUUUAAGAGCUUUUGAGCAUUUUUAGCCUUUUUGACAGCAACAGUUUAGUAAACAGAAAAGAGGAAACAAGGAUGAUGCAGACUGAACUAAAAUCAAACCCUAAGUGAAUAUUUGGUACAUGGAUCAUACGUUUUACCCAGAGAGCUGCAGUUUACCUGUUUUAUUACAUGCUUUAAAUUCAAACUUGUGUUUGAUUAUGAUCUAAGAUUCAUCUCGGGCCUAAACUGCCUUUUUUUUUUUUUUAAGUUGAUCUGUCAGAGAAACUUGAUCAGCAACAACCAGACUUCAGGGACUACUUGUUUUUGUUUUAGCAAAAAAAAAAAAGUUAAAACAUAUUUUAGUCAGAAAUUUUCUGCGUUUUCACCUGUGAGCUCAGACUCCUCAGAGCAACCAAGUCAUCUCAAGGCACUUUUACACACCGUCCAAUUCAAUCCAAUUCAUUGUAGUCCAAUUAUAAUCCAAUUAAACAAACCUGUUAUAUGAUUCACAUUAGUCCAAUUUGUAACUGUUUUCUCAUAAAGCAAAUCAUGAAAAAUAAUUACUUAGCUAAAGAAAAUAACAGAUUGCGUCAAUUCUCUUCAUCAAAACCUGUGUGAUAUAAAUAUCUGUAAAGUUUCGCUGAAUUCUUUGUCGAACUCGCAGGAUUUUUAUUCUGCACAGCUUCUGAAAGCUCAGUGCGAGUCACUGCAGUGAACUUGUGUCCAUCAUUUAUCUGCUUUGACUUCUGAACAUUUUACCUCUGCUACUGUUUUAGCAUCUCGUUUUUUUAUUUUAGUUUCAGACAGAAGUGUGUUUACAGCUUCAUUUUAAUCUGCUCGUUGCUGGGUUUGUGUGUUUCAAGACUUAAAACACUCCCUACAUCACUGAUGAGCCUGAAAAUGAGUUCAGACAUCUUGGUUUUGGUUAAUAAGUUAAUGAUAGAUUAGCAUUUCCUCACUGAUUUAAUUGUAUUUAGAAAGCAGAAUCUGCUGCAGUAGACUCAGUAGAGGUAGGAUAGAGUCAUGUUUCUAUUGUGUUGCUUUAGCUUCCUUCUUAAUGAGAAUUUUGAAUGCUUUGACAACUGGGGAUACUGAUCGUUGAUACCAACGUUCUUUACAGUUUGUCAUUGACAAAUAUUUUUUAACUUAUUCAUGAUUCUCGGAUGGAAUUCGGGCUAAACUGGUGAGCCUAAACCAGUUUGAAAGACUUGGUGGAUACUGCUUUAUACCCAGUCCUGGCACCCUCACUGGUCACUAUUUAAUCUGCUGAUUGCAGGAUUUCCAGGAUCAUGUUCUUGAAUAUUCUAGAAACAUCUCUGUUAUUAUUUGCAUCUAGUACAGCAUUUUGGGGUGUUGCUGCAUUAACUUCUAGAUAUGUUGAUAUUUUCAAUGGCAAUGAAGACAAAAGACAAAAAUCACUUUUCUCGAAAUGAGGUCUGUUGUAUUAAUUUUCAGGCUUUAAACUACUGUUUGUUUGUUUAUUUGUUUUUUUAAUUUUAUUGACCACAGGAUUAAUGGAGCCAAAACUGACAGAAUUCUCAAUAAUUAAAUUACUUUUUUUUUUACUUUUUUUUUUUUUUUUUUAAGGACCAUAAUACCAAAACCAACCAAAUCCUAAAAAGACAUUUCCAUGAGUGUUUUUGUUUUCAGGACAAACAGUUUAAACAGUGAAAAUGUUAAAUAGGUGCUGGUUUAUCGGAAAGUCCAACUUAAAACUGAAGUUCUGAACUCACCUUGUUUUGUUGUCAGUCCAUCCAGACUCUGGUGUUUCAGUUUACAUAAUGCAGCUUUUCUUUGUGUCUCAGUCAUGGUUUUACCACUUUGAAUGUUAUAUGUAAAAGUUAAAUAUAUUUUGUUACAAGUAGUGGAACAUAAUACACUAAAGUUUCUUUUUCCACUUUAUUAUGAGUAAAGCAGUUUUCUACAGUGACAGAGCUACUGUCUCGUAUAAUGCAGGUCUCUGCCACUUCAGUAAACUUUUACAGUAACAUUGUAAAGUUAGUUGAUAAUUUUAUAUAAUAAAACCUGUAUUCAUUGAAUGAAUCACAAAUAAAUAUUUUACUUUGA